AUGCGAGCUCAGCAGGUUUCUGGAAGGGCUCUGCAAAUGCAUUUGGGGCUCCGAUGCAUCUCAUCAUUGCCAUUUCCGUUACCACCACCGCCGCCGACGACGACAGUGCGGUCGAAGGGGUACGGACCUACGAAGGACCUUCUAAAAGGGGUAGACACAUCAAAACGAGUUGUUGUUGAAACGGAGUUGCAUCCGGCGGAUGCAGAGAUGCAGCAACUUGUCCUUUCUCUCUUGGGUGCUGACGUAAGCGUCCACAAUUCGCUUGGCGGCGAGGUAGACGCUGCAGACAGCAGAACGGUUUCGCAGCAGGAGGGCAUUGUUGCAAUCUCACCGGAGCAGUUGGCUUCGGUGGCCACAGUGAUUGUAGACCAGGUAAAGGAGCAGCUGGAGCUGAGCGGCUAUGCUGCCGAGGCGUCUCAAGACGGCCGCUCGAGCAGCGUUGUAAACGCGGUUGCAGACUGUCUGCGUCAGGAGAUGCAGCGUCUUUGCAUCGCAAUGCAAACACAAGAAGUCUCACUUUCUCGUAUGUUGGGGGAAAAUUCAGAUGUCAUUUGUGCAAGAAUUGCCAGUGUGAUUCAAGCGGAGCGUUCAUCAGCCGCGGCAAGGAAUGAGGGAGAGACCCGGCAGCUUUUCCACCUCACACAGGAGUUCACAUCCGCCGUGGCAAAGUUGGAAAUUUCAUUGAAAGCGACGCUGGAGGAGGGUCUUGCAGCGAACAAUAAGAACAUGGACCCUGUUUUUGAAGAUAUGCGCAUGCGUGUCGUCGAGGCCAUUGAACAGGCAUCACGUGUGCAACAGGAGCAGCUUGCUAUAUCUCUUCAAGAUGUGUUGGAGAGGAAUAAUGUUCCAUCCUCAUCUGCGCCACAAGACCCAGUUAGUCUUGAUGCAGUUCAGGAUAUUGUGAGGAAUGCCAUAACAGAAGUCGUUGAGAGAGCACAACACGAGGUACGAACAUUGUUGGAAGGGCUAAGAGAAAAUGCUCAAGCGCCUGCACCUUCCCCUGACGAUGGUUCUAGCGUUAAGGGGUCGGAUCUGGAGGGGUUCUUGGUAUCAUAUGGUGAGCGACUUGAGGAACUGCGUGAGUUGACAGCGGGGUUUACCGACAUCAAGGAGCUGCUGAUGGAGGUUCACAGUCUGCAGCAGACACACGAGACUGCCAUUCAGGAGGUGCAGAACAGCAUAAAGCGACUAAGAAAGGAAUUGUUGGACGCUCUUCGCGGUACGACUCCGUCUGCCUCUGUUGAAGCGAAGGCUGAGAAGAAAGAAGAUCUUUUUGCAGAAUACUGCGACAGACUUGCUGAUCUGGCUGACCGGGUGACAUCGACGGUUGAGCAGCAGCUGAAGGAGCAAUCGUUGGAUGUGAAAGAACUACUGACUCAAUUACGUGCGCUGGAGAAAAGGUUUGGAGAAAAACAAAAACCUGCCUUAGAUCCUAUGCCUGCCAUACAUGACCUUGAUGAUGAUCGCAUGGUUGCCCUGGCGCAAAGUAUUAGCGAUAGCAUUCUUGCCUCCUUACCUCCGUCUGAAUCCCCGCAGACACAGGCCCCAUCUUUCACAAGGGAAAGUCUUGUGGAGGCCGUGGCGGCCGUCCUCAGCCCAAAGUUGGAGGAGCUGGCCGCAGCGGUGGCGAGGAUGGAAACGACUCGGCCCGUGAAGUUCACCGUGGCUCCUGUGGAGGAAGGCUUAAAGGGGGUGGGUGAAGAGCAAUUCAUCACGCUGGCACAGACCAUUGCCGAAAGUGUGAAGGAUGCCGUGCAGGAAGUGGUUCCCACCAAAGAGUUGGCUGAGUCAAUGACUUCAAAGGAGACACACUUGGCUCUCAUGACACGUCUGGAAGCUUUAAAAGAGGACAUCGUGUCCACUGUACAGGAGGAGAUGGGGCGCACGCAGGAGAUCGAUCUAACACCUUUCCAGACCUAUCUUGAUCAAGUCCUUGGCGGCGUGCAAGAAGCAUCUAGCAAACAGCAGGAAGUAACGCAAGGUAAAGUUGGGGAUGCGUUGGAAACUCUACUUGGACAAUUGCAACAGCAGCAACAAGUAUUGCUUGAGGCGCUACAGGCUCAACAGCGGUCAAGCGACGAGGCAGUGACACCCCUGGCAAUUACAGAUGGGCUUGAAACGCUCAACAGACGCCUCCUGAAGGAGAUCAAAGACAUCGUUUCCAGCGACGCUAGUUCCUUGCGUUCAACGCUUGAAGCAGUGCAGCAGGAGGCUCGUGACACAGUUGGCCGCUUGCCGGAAGGUCUGGAGGAAAAAUUAUCUUUGAUGGAAAACACCAUACAUGAAGUUCAUAAAUCAGGAGAAUCUCAUACUGCCAGCUUGCAAGCCGCCUUGAAGGAUGUCAAGACGUACGUUGAAAACAUUAAAGAAGAACACGAUGCAGCUGGGCCGAUUCUUACUUCCAUUAAUACAGCGGUGUUUGACUUGGCACAAACAAGCAUUGCGUCUGCCAAUGAAAUCAAAGCUCAAUUAAGUGCUUCGGAGAAUAAGGCUGAAACUCUGCAUACUCAGAUGACCUCAGAUCUUUCGCAGCGCUUUGGGCAGCUUAUAACGGAGGUGCAGGAUGGAAAACGGCGGAUUGACGAGCUUGUGUCCUCUAACGAGGAAUACAAAGGCGUGGUGACGUCAGUGGAGGCAAUGCGGUUGAAACUAGAGGAGGUGGGCCUAUCGCUAGAGAUGAUGAAAACUCCACUGUUUACAUCGCCGCCAUUGGAACAACAACCUCCAGAGCAAAUUGUGAGGGGAGACGCCAUUGAGACACGACUUGACAACCUUUCCGAGGUAACACAGGAGAUUCUUUCGGAGCUUCAGAAGUAUCGUUCCCCCCAGGAAACGCCGGCUCCUGCGGAUGCGAUUUUUAACAAGGAAAACUUAGAGGCAAUGGAGGCUCGGCUAAAUGAGCGACUGCAGGUGCUUUCCAGCAAACUUGAGGAAAUGAUGCAACUGGAUUCUGCUGUGGUGCCUUCCCUAGAAGAAGCGUCUCCGCAGCAGUCUUCAGUGCCAAACAAUGUCGAGCAAUACAUAAAGGACAUAGACGCUCUUCUUAAUCAUUUGCAGUCGUCUCGAAGCGCACAAGUGAAACAAAUGCGGGAGAAGUUGAUCACACUUCGAUCAUUUCUUGUUACAGGGAGCUUGGUUGAAGGGGGAGUGAGCAACGUAAAGGUAUUUCUCGAGGCGCUGGAAAAGAAUAGACUGAGGCUUAGAGAAGACGCGGCUGGUGCGGAAGCGGCAUUGGUGACCGAGGUGAAUGGUGCAGUCCAGCAGACUCUAGAGCGUCUUUUAUCAUCGAUUGAGCAGACCCUUGCCAACUCCACAAAGCAGCAGCUACAGCAGCUUCAAAUUGACCUCAAUGAAAAGAGUGAAACGCUCGGGACGCAGCAACAGUACAUGGCCUUCCAGCUACAGGAUAGAUUAAAUAACUUGACAAAUUUGCAGGAGGGUCAUACUGUGGCGCUGACCAAUGAGAUUCGGAAUGAACGGGAGGAGUGGCGUGGUAUGCUUAACCGGGCCAUACAGCAGGAAAUGCCAGCAGCUCUUCAAGGCGUCAUUGCUGAGGUUUGCACGGAGCAGCUGCGUUCCGUGCGAAAUCAGUUGGAUGAGCAGGAGACCCGGGAGGGAAAGAGCGCCGAGGCAUUACUCUCGAGCGUAAGAGAAGUUUCUAAGGAAGUCUCCCAAUUGGGUGGUAUCGGUUCAGAAAUGCGAGCAGUCGUGGGCCAGGGUUCGGCAACUAUUAUAGAAGAGCUGCGGCACACACAGGAUCGGCUUGCGGAACGCUUUGAACGACAGGUGUCAACAAUCAUGCAGCAACGAUCCGCCGAGGUGGUCUCAUCUAUUGGCACAAAUACUCCUUUUGCCACUCCCGUUGUACCAUCGCCGACAUCGCUCUCGUUGUGGUGGCUGUGUGUGUUGUCAUUUGUUGUUUUUGGCACCAUUAUGGCAUGCGGCUACUUUAUCUUUGCCGCGUUUCUGGUCGCCUUUGUCCCUGUGCCACCGCCGGAACAACUGCUCGCAAACGCCGCCACCGCGCAGCCUUUGAGUCCGGGGAAUGCGGUGGAGACUCCCAAGAAAUUGCUAUCCUCUCGUGUGGUGGAUCAGGUGAUGGAGUAA